AUGAAAAGACAUAUGAAUACACAUACGGCAGAGACGGUCUACCGGUGCCAUUGGCCUGAAUGUGAUUACACGACUACUAACCCAAUUAGGCUUAAUAAUCACAUCAAUAAGCAACACAAGGGUUUGGAUGACUACCUGUGCUCUUAUCCCGACUGCCAGUUUACAACUAAGAAAUGCAAAGCAAAAAUUAAGGGAAAGGGAAUGAAAUUGAGGGGUAAGUUUGACCUGAAGUACGGAUCUUUGUGGUUUGAUAAUCACAUUCAGGCCAAUGGCACCGGUAGUCUCAUAAUCACAUUCAGACCACUGGCAGCGGUGGUAAACUACACCCAUGUGUUGUAUCUUGCGUCUGUUGCAUCCAAACCAUUCGCACCUUAUUUUCAGAUCACUAUUAUGGCCAGUUUGCGGGCAUUCAAUCCAUGGCACGUCUGGGAAGGCAUCGGGAUGUGCGCUGAGACUGUGUUGACGUAA